AGGGAUUUGAUCGCUUUCUCCCCAUUUCUUUUAUCAAACAAUGGCUACUCGUAGCCUGGGCAACAGCAUCGCGGCAGACGACGCCAUCGAUCUGGAAGCUAUGCGGAAGGAGGACUCGUCUUGGCACCCUUGCCACGUCUCUCUGAGCCUGGGCAACAGCAUUGCAGCAGACAACGCCAUCGAGCUGGAAGCUAUGCGCAAGGAGGACUUGUCUUGGCAUCCUUGCCGCAUCUCUCUGAGUUCAAGUGGAGUUGGUCUUGUUGUGGACUGUGGGAGCACUGACUUAGAAGAUGUUGUUAUCAAAGAAGAAGAAGAAAUGCUUGCACGUUUGCGCGUUCGUUCUGUCCCUCUCCAUGGUGAUGAUUGCAUUCUUGUCCAGGAAGGUGAACAUGUGCUUGCCACCCCAAAGUUGCGACCUAAGAGCCUCUUCUUUGAUGCUGCGGUGGAAAAGGUGCUCAGGGUAAGGCACUCAAAGAAGGUCUAUUGUAGAUGUACUUUCACAAUCAGGUGGCUUCACCAAGACCUUAAAGGAGAAAGUUUAACUGUCCCCUCUGGUUCAAUCAUGAAAUUGGCUACAAGAAGCAUCUAUGUGCACCCAACUAUUUCUGCUUUCUUUAGUUCUCUGAAAAGCUUGAGUUUCUCUAGUCCAUCUCCUCCAUCAGUGGUAGAAGACAUGGAUAAUGAAAUGGAUCUUCAUGAAUUGCUAGAGAAACAAAUAGAGGAGAUCAGUAAUUCAGCUGACAUUACCAAGAAGAGAAUUCCAGGGAACACUCUGGUGGGAAUUGAAGUUGAUAACAAUGGACAAGUACAACGCAGAGUUGUUUCUGGAUUGAGAGUAAGCAAGCCCCUUGCUCCAGUUCUUCUGGACCAGAAUCACAUGAAGAGGACUACUAGGAGCGCAAGAAAACUGCAAAUGGAGAUUGAAGCCAAUGACCCACCACCUACUGCACUCAUUCAGGGGGAAUUGUCAGAAAGCAGGUCUCCACUAAAUCCUCUUGCCGCCCGUGCUGCUUUGGCUUCAUUAGUGUCACAAAUGCCUAAAAGUCUUGAGACUUCAAACUAUGAGGAGAAUUUGGACUCCUCAGAUGAUAUUACCUGCAAGCAUGAUGUUUUGCAAUCACUCAAAGGGACUAAAACCUGCAGUUCCCCUAUCGGGUGCUGUUUGUCUGGAAGCGAUAAGUUCUCUCUGGAAACAGCAGCUACUACAGUUGUAUUUGAUCCAGACCAUCAUAAAGAUGUAAAACCACUCCACCCAACUAAUGGUUCUACCGAACAGCCCGUUCUCAUGGAUGCAUAUAGCAGAAUACCAAUUAACAGGAGGGAAAUUAAAACCAAUGGGGCAGAAAUCCCUGAUUCAAGUAUUUCGUGUUCAGCAGCCAAAAGGAAGUUAAGCCUGCCCCUUAAAACAACUAGACUAACUCGUUCUCAAACAGAGAGAGGUGCUGCAAGUGGAGAUGACACUAUUGAACAGAAAACUUGUUUGGAAGAGAAACCAAUGUCUGCAGCCAAUACCAGAAGAUUUACUCGUUCAGCAAUUCGUAAAGGUGGAGAACCUCAACCUAUCAAAGGUGUACAGGCAAUGGAAGAGGAUGUAUCAGGCCAAGUUGUUGGAAAUGGUGAUAGUUGUAAAAGACCAAAGAGGAAGUGCACCUCAAAGUAACAGGAUUUGCUAUCUUCUCAACUUUGGGGUCUCCCUCGUAGUCACUCACAGAACAUGUCACAGACCAGCGAGGAAUUGGUACGAUUACUAAUUUUCUUUUGGUUUUGAUGCUGUCUUUCUUUGCGUUCCCUCAAGUAUGAAAGGAAAAUCAAGAUCAAAAGAAGUGGCCCCCUGGCCAGAGUUUGUAGAAAGUCAUGCACUCUGUACUUGUAAGAUCGUGGACAAUGUCUCAAGCACAAUACGGAUGAAUAUAUAUGGAUCAAAAGUUAAUGAAACCUUCUUUCGCACUGCA